AUGAGCGACGAAUCUACGACUGCUGUAGUACCUGAUAUUUCAAAUACUCAUAAAAAUAGUAUAACAAAUGAAACCGGUGAUUCAUCAGAAUCGACUGAUCAACCACCAUUAAAAAAAAGUGCAUCCAAUGUUCCAAUUACACUUAAUAUUCGUUAUAAAACACAAAAAUUUUCCAUUGAAUGUGAUUUAUAUGAUACAUUGGGACAUCUCAAAGAUAAAAUAGAUAAAUUAACUGAUGUUGAACCUCAAGUUCAAAAAUUAGUUAAUAAAUCAAUAACAAGUGUUAAACGAGAUGAUACAACAACAAUAUUAAAAGAUUUAAAUUUAACAGAUGGUCAAACUUUAUUAUUAGUCGGUGCAACUCGUUCAGAAGUUUCAACUACAUCGGGAAUACAAAGUACUGCAAGUAGUAGUAAAGAUUCGACAGAUGAUUAUGCAUCGGGAACAACUAAAAAAGAACCUUUAUGUAAACAAACUAAACAUGAAAAAGUACUUAAAAAUGGUAAACCUGAGAAUGUUCAAGUUGGUAUUCGAAAUCUAAACGAAGAUUUACCAUCAUCAAUUGAGGGUUUAUACAUGUCAAUGUUAAAUCAAUCAGGUAAAAAAGCACGAUUAACAUUUAAACUUGAACUUGAUGAAUUAUGGAUAAAUACAGCUGAAACUACAAAAAAAAUCCCAAUGACACAAAUUCGUAAUGUAGUUGAUGAACCAAUUGAAGGUCAUGAUGGUUACUCAAUAGUUGGUUUUCAAACUGGUACAACUGAAAAUUCGAUUAUAUGGAUUUAUUGGUGUCCAUCACAAUAUGUGAAUGAAUCACAAAUAAAUUCUAUAGCUGGUGCUACAUCUGGUUUUUUAGUAAGUGUUCUCGUUAGUCCACUUGAUGUUCUAAAAACACGUAUUCAAGUAAAACGUUUACCAAAAGGUGUGCCGGAUACACCAUUCUUAGUUGUUAUAUAUAGAUUGGCUCAACGAGAAGGUUUUCGUGCAUUUUAUAAAGGCUUAGGAGUAACAAUGUUGGGUUAUGUACCGAAUUGGGCUAUAUAUUUUAGUACAUAUCAAUGGUCUAAAAAACAAUAUGCUUCUAUUUUAUCAUCGGGGCACUAUGAAAAUGAUGUAUUAACAAAUUUACUUUCAUCAAUUACUGCUGGUGCUGUAGCAAAUACAGUUAUUGCACCAAUGUGGACUAUUCGUACACGUAUGAUGACACAAUCAAAUUAUGAUGAUUAUCGUAAUGCAUUUGAUGCAGCACGAAAAAUUUAUAGAACAGAAGGACUUUAUGCUUUAUAUCGUGGUCUUGUACCAUCUAUGUUAGGUUUGAUUCAUGUUGGUAUUCAAUUUCCACUUUAUGAAUAUCUUAAGAAAGGAUGUCUGGAUGGCUCAUCGCCUGAUCAACGUUUAUCAACAGGACAUAUUAUAUUUGCAUCGAGUGUUUCAAAAUUAAUUGCUUCUUGUGUUGCAUAUCCACAUGAAAUUGUUCGUAGUCGACUUCAAGAUGCUGGUCAUGCUCAAGCUGUUCAAAAACAUGCUUUAACUCCUGCGACACAAUUUCGUGAAUAUAAAAAUGUUCGUGAUGCUGUACAAACAAUUGCGAAAGACGAAGGUUUAAGAGGUUUCUAUCGUGGUCUUGUACCAACUCUAAUACGAACAUUACCAGCAGCGGUAUUAACUUUAUUAACAUAUGAAAAAAUGAAAGACUUUCUUGGUGAUAAUUUCGGUGAUAAUUCAACAAAGUGA